GCCACCGCGUCAUGCCGACGCCAAAUCUUCUAUUGUGGUAGAAAAAGCGGCAUUUCGUGGCCCCACCAAACAGGAAUUGAUUGAAUUUCGAAAAGUAAUCGAAGCAGGCGAUUGUGAACGCGUUAAAAAUAUGAUUUGGGAUAAUCCACGAUAUUUGGUGAGCGCUGGCGACACACCCACCACACUUAAAGAGGGAUAUCGCUAUAAUGCCAUGCACAUAUGUGCUAUUUCCAAGAAGCCCCGCAUAGCUGAACUCAUUUUGAAGACAGUAAGCGAUUCAAAAUUUGUUGAUUUGCUUACGGGAAAGAAAAACGACGAGAAAAUGUGCAAGGAAUUGUGUGUGAAUUUAUUGGACUAUUAUCUAAAUAUACCAGAGAAGGGACGUAGCGAAACACCAUUACAUUUGGCUACAAAGAACGGCGCUGCUGAGAUGGUAGAGGUUUUGACAUCAUUUCCGGAAUGUAAAAUGACGCGUAACUCAGAGGGACUAUAUCCGAAAGAUGUAUGUACAGAUAGUAACUCUUNAGUUUCAAAUCCUCCACCCGAAUUGGCAAAAAAGAUUGAGGCUCUAUUAGAAGAGCGUUUUUACGUGCCUGUUUUGCGUUCUACGGAUAAUGUUAUGCCGCCAAAAGUUGGACAGCCAUUUUCUUCCAGCAAUCCCCCGAAUCUCAACUUUGAUCCACUAAGUGCUGAAGUAAAAAUCGAAGCUUUAGCUGGCCCCAUGAACAAGGAGCAAGCCACU